AUGCGGUCGCCUCUCUGCCGCCCUGGUUCCGCGUGGACACCGCUCCUCACCGCGCUCCUGGUGCUGCUGCUGACCGCGCCGCUGCCGCUGUCGGGAGCCGCGAGUUUCCCCGGAGUCAUCAACAUCGGAGGCUUGUUUCCCUCUGGAUCUCAUGAGUACGAGGUCUUCCGCUUCGCCCUGUCCCAGCAGCAGGACGUGCCCAGACUGCAGCCUCAGGUGGACCUGGUGGACACGGGCAGCAGCUUCUCCAUGACCUACGCCUUCUGCUCUCAGUUCUCCAAAGGCGUGUAUGCGAUCCUGGGCAUGUAUGACCGUCGCACCGUGAACAUGCUGAUGUCCUUCUGUGGUUCUCUUCACGUGUGCUUCGUCACGCCAUCGUUCCCCGUCCCCAAUAACAACGCUCAGUUCCUGCUGCAGCUGAGGCCCCCACUGCAGGAGCCCCUGAUGGCCCUGCUGGAGCACUUCGACUGGAACCGCUUCGUCUACAUGUACAGCGCCAACACGGGUCUGCUGCUGAAGAUUCCGGGGGAGCUGAAAGAAGUUGAAGGUUGUGUUCGAAGGAGACAGGGUUAA